CUCACGCCUGGUUUUAUUGUUUCAGCUUUGAAGCGUUAAGCGAAUGUAGUCCAUCCACAUAAAAUAUUUAUUUACCUUGGGACCGGUAAACAGAUCUGAAAAAGAAGCCAAAUAAUUUCACGCUAUAACACAAACAUUUUAGGUAGGGGGCAAUGCGCUCUGCCCGUGAUUUCUUCAGACGCUUUAAUAAUGCAUAAUUAAGUUUUCAAGUAAAACAGGCUUUCCUACUUUAGCGCACAGAUACAAAGAAGCAUCAAUAUAUAUGGGCCUAUAUACACAAAAAUACAAUUGCAUUUAUUCAUUUAGCAGACUCUUUUAUCCAAAGUGACUUUCAAAUGAGGGCGCAUUUAACGUUUUGUCGUAAGAGUCAGAGAAUGACUCGUGUUUAGGUACAUUUAAAUAAAAGACAAUAGGGUCUGCAAUAACAGAAAAUGGUUUAUUUGCACUAGUUAGUAGGGUACUGACGUCAUGCACGAGACUACAGUAUACAAACAAGAAUGACCAGCAGAAGUGAAUACACUGUGGCGCGUGCUUGAUUACACUAAUUAAGUUCUGUCUAAUUAAAUUAUCAUCACGUGUUAACCAAUAGCAAAACUGGAUUCAUUAAGGAUGCAGGAAAGAAAUGCAAAAGCAUUUCUGAAUGCAUGCUAGUGUCAAUUGGCUAAUUUGCUGUCUUGCACAAAGUAGCUCAAGCCACAGGAAGGCGUUUUCUCUCGCGCUCUCACGUCGGUCGCGUUAAUUGCUAUUUGUCAUCGAGCGAUGCAGCUCGAGCGUUGCGUCUCGCCAGCUCUCGCGCGCUCCCAGAGAUGCAUGAUUGUGGGCAGUGGCUACGCAGAAGGAUCUGAGCUCUCCUUACAGGACUACCCCAUUAUAUCCAUCGGCGACAACCUGGAGAGAAGUUCACCUCUGAAAAAAAACUCCACUGGGAUGACGAAUCAGUCGGAGGCAGACAGUUUCGGCGACUCUAAGGACUCAUCGGGGGACGUCCAGCGCGCCAAACUCUCUCCUGAUCUUGACGGAGUCGCCGACAGUCGUCAUCAUUUCGAUGGACCUGCAGGAGAAAGGUAUCUCCUGUCUCAGUCCAGUCAAGUUCAGCCGAGUCCCACCACCAUGUUUCCCUAUCCGAGUCAGCAUGGACCGACGCACCCGGCUUUCUCCAUCGGCAGCCCGAGCCGGUACAUGGCUCACCAUCCGGUGAUAACGAACGGAGCCUACAACAGUCUUCUGGGCAACUCAUCGCCGCAAGGUUACCCCACGGCGGGCUACCCGUACGCGCAGCAGUAUGGACACGCGUAUCAGGGCACCGCUUUUUAUCAGUUUUCCUCCGCUCAGGCUGGCCUCGUGCCUGGUAAAGCGCAAGUUUACCUCUGCAAUAGGGCCCUGUGGCUUAAAUUUCACAGACAUCAAACGGAGAUGAUUAUUACCAAGCAAGGACGGCGAAUGUUCCCGUUUUUGAGUUUUAAUAUAUCUGGACUUGACCCGACUGCUCACUACAAUAUAUUUGUUGACGUUAUACUCGCGGAUCCGAACCACUGGCGCUUUCAAGGAGGAAAAUGGGUCCCGUGCGGAAAGGCGGACACAAAUGUAACAGGGAACAGGGUGUAUAUGCAUCCGGAUUCACCAAACACUGGUGCACACUGGAUGCGUCAAGAGAUUUCCUUUGGAAAACUUAAACUAACCAAUAACAAAGGGGCAUCUAAUAAUACAGGACAGAUGGUGGUCCUGCAGUCGUUGCAUAAAUACCAGCCUCGCCUGCAUGUGGUGCAGGUGAACGAGGACGGAACCGAGGACACGAGCCAAGCCGGUCGCGUGCAGACGUUCACCUUCCCUGAGACGCAAUUUAUCGCCGUUACCGCUUAUCAAAAUACUGACAUCACACAGCUAAAAAUUGACCACAAUCCAUUUGCAAAGGGAUUCCGUGAUAAUUAUGACACUGUCUACACGGGUUGCGACAUCGAUCGGCUGACGCCGUCCCCGGGUGACUCUCCGCGCUCUCAGAUCAUGCCUAGCGCGAGAUAUGCCAUGACUGGUUCUUUCCUGCAGGACCAAUUUGUCAGCUCGUAUGCCAAGUCCCGCUUUCACCCUGGCGUCGGAGGCGCUCCUGGCAGCGACCGCAGCGUCCCACUUACUAACAGCUUGCUCUCCCCGCAACAAACCGACGAGACCACGGUGGCCUCCCCGCAGCGAUGGUUUGUCACCCCUGCCAACAACCGACUGGACUUCGCCGCCUCGGCGUACGAAGCAGCCGCGGCUGCCGAUUUCGCCGGUAACGCGGCCACCCUGCUGUCGUACGCAGCUGCCGGAGUUAAAGCGCUGCCCCUGCCCGGGGCGGGAUGCUCCAACAGACCUCUGGGGUAUUACGGCGAACCGCCCGGGUGGGGCACUCGCACCCCGCCGCAAUAUUGCAGCAAGUCCAGCUCCGUCUUGUCGUGCUGGCCCUCCAACUCCGUGGGGAGCAGAACGACCUCCUCGGGUUACCUGGUACCUGGCCUGGAGGACGGUGACGCCAUCGCGCCAGAAAGGUCACCGCUUGGCGGGGCGGAUGACUCCAAACCCAAGGACCUGUCUGAAUCCAGCUGGAUAGAGACCCCGUCCUCAAUUAAGUCCAUCGAUUCGAGCGAUUCUGGGAUUUUUGAGCAAGCCAAGCGGAGGAGGAUUUCGCCAUCUGCCACCCCGGUUUCAGAGACUUCGUCUCCAUUAAAAUCUGAAAUGUUAACGCCGAGGGAAUGCGAGAAAAACUGCUCCAAGGACAUCGGCUACUACAGCUUUUAUCCUCACAGUUAGAGAAAUUACGCACGGCACAGACUUGGUUCGAGGAUCCAUAAGUGAUUUAUCAUCUAUUUAUUCCUAUUUAUGUGCUUAUUUAUUUAUUAUUUGGGCAUCUAUUAAUGCCCAUGGCCGGACGCAACCAAGCCUGCAUCGAAAAUCUAGACACUUGAGCAGAGAUGUAUGCUGUUUUCCUUUCCAAAUGACAUUUAUUUAAGGGUUUACCCAUUAAGCUUAUUGUAAGUAUGAAAGGACUGUACAUAUUUGUACUUAUCUAUCCCUUUGUGGUUUUCUCGUUGUAUGUUGAUGUACAAUAUGGAAAAACGAUUUAGCUUCAUGUUUAAUGUACUUAGAAGUUCGAAUAGCUGCAUAUAUUCUAUAUUUUAUUGUCUGAGAAAAAAGGAUCCAACUCGUAUAGGCUCCUUAUUCCAGUUUUUUAUGACAAAAAAAACGAUGGUGUGCUGGAAUUGGAGGUAGCUGUUCACCUGCUGAAGGGCCACCAAAUAUAGAGACAUGAUUGACACGUGUCUGUCAGACGUCCAAUCUUCAUGUAAGCUUUUAUUGAUGUUGCUUUUAGAGUCGCGUUGUCUGUUCGAAAAUACCAUAGUCUGUAGUUUUAUUGUUGGUGCCAUUUCCAUUUUGUGAACGUUAUUGUAAAGUUGUCAGGGCAUAUGUUUGAUCCAUGCGUAAAAUCAUCUCAUUACCUUUUUGUAGAGAUAAAGCCUAGACUGCCAGUUCACGUUAACCAACGAAAAUAUUUUCAUUUGUAUAAUAUGGACUGUUUUCUCAUUAAAAACGCGAGUUAGGCCUGCAAAUGUGUAAAGGUAAUGUAACUGUGGUGUGUUUAUCUACAAUAAAUUUGACCGAAUGUGAAACCCUGGCGAAGUACACAAGGUCCCGGCUACGAAUCCAAAUAA